AUUGUAUCAGGGACUGCAGUAACCGUUUGAAUGUGCAGCCAGUCUUGGUUCAAAAGGAAACACAUGGUGACCAUGUCUCUUUUUAGCUAAAAUGACCAUAUAAUCAGGGUGCAAGGGAGGGCUCGAUACAACUCUUUGCAUGACAGAUUUUAGCAAAACGAUGAGAUAUCAAAUAGUGGAUGGGGAGCUCUACAUUUGGGGAAAGAACUCCAAUGGACAGCUUGGUCUUGGAAAAAAAGCGGCAAAAGUAGUUCCUGCUCUGACGAAAAUAGAGUGCUUGAGUAGAAUCUGCAUAAAACUUGUAAAACUUGCAGCUUUGGAUUUUGAGCACUCAGUUGCUGUUACUGAUGAAGGAGAGGUUUUAAGUUGGGGAGGAGGAGGGUCCGGAAGACUUGGUCAUGGCCACGAAUCAAGCAUUUUAGGGUUCUUAAGCUGCUCCAGUGAAUACACACCAAGACUUAUCAAGGAAUUUGAGAAAGUCAAGAUCAAAAAUGCAGCUGCUGGGCUUCUGCAUUCGGUGUGCAUUGAUGAAAAGGGCUGUGUCUUUAUUUUUGGUGAGAGAGCAGCAGAUAAGAUGGUCUUUCAAGACAGAAAAAAUGCAACAACACCAUCCAUGAUUAGCAAGCUACCAUAUUCAGAUGAAGUUGCAUGUGGUGGUUACACAUGGGUGUUGUGACAAGACUGUUACCUUUUAGGUCUACGUCAAAGUGAAUUCAGCACCCCCGGUAUGUUUGGUGUCUUCAUUUUGAGGUUCUCAUUCGAUCCAUGGCUUUCCAAUGUUUUGUUUUUUUUACAAAGUGCAAAGGACUUGAAGCUUUCCUUAUUGUUUGGAACUUGAAUCAUAUUGGUUAUGUUUAAAAAAUCAAUGAAUUGCUAUAUCUCAUACUUCUAGAUUUCUAUUAUUUCAGACCCAUGUUUUUCUUGUUACUGCCAGCUAUUUUUCUUUAUCGGGACUGCUACCUUUUAGGUCUCGGUCAACGUGGAUUCAGCACCCCAAUUUUGAUCUUUGGUUUCUUCAUUUUGGAGUUCUCACUUGAACUAUGGUUGUCCAGUGUCGAAGCUUAAAAGGCUCAAAGCUAUUUUUAAUUAUUGGAACUUUAAUUAUUAAAGCAAUGAAAUGCUAUGUUUGGUACUUCUAUUUAUUUUAUUUCAAAUCCCUGUUUUGCUUUUUGGGAAAAAUGCUCUAUUUGUUAAAAAGAAAAAGUUUUUUAUAUAGUUUCUUUUGUGAUUAGAGUUUGCUUUUUGGUGAGGAUUCAAUUUUUACAUAUUUUGUUAAUUUAAAAUCCAUUGAAUCUUUGUUGUAGCUUUCAUGAAAUAGGGAAUGGAGAUAUACAACAAUGUCAUGGUGGUGGAAAUGUUGGAAAUAGUAAAUAGUUUCUAUUUUGAAUUUGUAUUAUUUGUCUAAUUUUGACUAAUUUACUAUUUAGAUAAUUCUUGUCAACUCUAGUAGAGUGUAAUAUUGAGUUGAGACUUUUGCUGUAUCUAUUGAAGAUUAUGUUUGUUAUAGCUUUAACGAAAUUGGCUAUGGGAAUAUAAAGAACAAUAUCACAGUUGGUCUUAAAUCUAGAAAUGAUGAUGUACCUCUUUAAGUGAGCGAACACUAUUGACAAUAUCUUCUUGUUAUUUCUCCU